AAGUUUAGGGUUUAGGGUUUUUUUUUGUGCUCCCGUGCCGCACGGCAGGGAAAUCGUGUUCGCGGCAAAAACAACGACAUCAUGUUCAGUCCAACUCGCGCAGACGACUUGCGGACCCUAGGUCUCCCAGCAAAUGGCACAACGUCCGACACGCAAGCGAUCAAACGCGCGUACCACCGGCUCGCGCUAACGUGCCACCCGGAUAAAGGCGGCAAGAAAGAAGACUUCCAGAAAGUUUUCGCUGCGCAUGAGCGCCUGCUGAAGCAGGAUCAGGCCUGCAAUUUUUACGGCGGGACGUCGUCGACUGCGACCACCUCGGCAUCCUCCUCUUCGUCAAGCAGUAGACAGCCCCCUGGUUCGACGGCUAGUUUUUCGUCGAGCUUUGCGACAGGAACUUCUGCCGGCUGGCACUUCGAUCCCGACGAACACAACCACCAUUUCGACCGCCACUGCCAGUUUUUCGCGCAAUUUUUGAGUCGACACAGCAACGACUUUUACUUUUUUGACGGCGCCGGCUUCGAUGAGUUUGAUUCCUGGGACCGCGAAGACCGUAGGGUUUAUGCCCGCCAGCGUGCUGAGAACGUCAAGAACCACUACGACAAGCGGGAUCGGAAACCGAAGCGGGAAUCCGCGUUCACGAAAAACGGGAACCUGCGAAAGAACCGAACCACCCCGGCCCAGCAGCUCGCAAGCUGCUGCCAGUUUUGUCCGGAUGAGAACAAUCCGAAGGAGGGCAUCACAGCGAGAAGUGCAACAUCGCACGGGCUGAACUGGCACCAGUACAGCUCCCAUCCGCAGCGGCUUCGCACCUGCUGGGCGUGCAAGAGCGCUCACAUAAGCGUAAUGACGGAGAAAAUGGCGAGGGUCAGAUUUGCAAGGAAGCUGGACGACCCGAGUGGGGCUGUGUUUGCGCGGCUUCGGAGAGAGAACAAAUUCUUCACUCACACACCGCAGCUCUCCGACCGGAACACGCGUACCUCCACCUUCUUCUGGGUGCCGGACCUGGAGGCGGCAGCGCUGCAACUUGGCUGGAAACCACGGGGUGAAGCGGGGAUAAGAAUCGCUGCACGGGCCGCGGCGGAACAAGAGGCCGCCGAAAAACAGCAGCGGGUGGAAGCGGGGGCACGGAGAGUUCCUAUUUCCCCGCCAGCACGGGAGCAAGAGGCGGCAGCGCAGCGACGCAGGUUGAACAACAUUAACCCGCGCGGCGGAGCUGCGGGUGGAUGCACUUUUUCCAGGUCGCCGCCGUGGAAGCACGACGAGCCGAAGCCGGCCCGGUGCCCCAGUCGCGGGAAUGUCGACGUUUGCCUCAUCGGGUGUCCGGUGAAGAAGCAGAAAGAGCUGAUAGCUACGCAAGAUGCCACGAAGAGGAACGAACCGAACAUGAACCCGAAGCAGGCAUCGCACCCUGCAUCAGGAGCUGAUGAAGUACCUGCACGCGCAAGUUGUAAAAACAGUCAACCAGCUGGCCGGCAGAGCUUGCGAGACUUUGCUCCGGACAGUCCGCGCUCGUCUUUGGAUCUCAGCAGCAGUUCGGAUGAAGACGUGGCGGAAGCCGAGCCGUCCGCAUCCUCGACAUCCGAUUCUGCCUGUGCGGUGAAGGGCCCAGCGCAGAAAAAACAGAAAAGCGGUUGAAGCGGUAUAAAAGUUACGAUACUAGAACUAGAUUGAUAGAAUAGAUACGCUGAAGUUCAUCAGAUUGAGAUAUUAUACUUUUCAGACAGCUUCCAAAAAUGUCCAUGUCAAUACAUAUCUUUUUUUUGUUUCAUACUGGUCAAGAUGUUGAUAAAAAUGAUUUAGCCCCGGCAGGUACUAGAGUAAAAUAAGAGCAACUUGAUUGCCGUACUACUACCACCCAGAUGAGCAUAUUAACCUGAUAAAGCACGUUCUUAAUAGCGCAGUUGCAUCCUCCGCAAAUGUUGAUGAAAAAGCGAGAUCGCAUCCCUCCAAAUAAUCCCCCGUACUACUCGUCGCAUUCGACAAAUUUGAUUUUAACUUGGCGAAGCGAAGAACCUAGUAGCUUCCUCUCAAACUGAAUCCCGCGCUACAUUGCGUAAGUAGAAGUGGUCAUGCGGCCCUCCCCGCAUUGGCAUUUCCAUAUGUCAUUGUCCUCCCGGAAGAACCCUACCGAAGAGCAGCCCGACCCGUGGAUAGCAGUACAACCCCGAAGAUGCACUUAUAUCCGACGCACGCCUUAGGACCCCUACGCACAUCAAGUCUUGCAGGACAAGAAAAUUGUAUUUUACAUUGAUAAAACCCUUCGCAUGUUGGCGGCAGUUGAAACAUCCAAAAUGAAGUUGGUAUCAGAGAACGACAGGAUCGUUUAUGACAUCGUACUCAAAAAGCGAAGCAU